AUGGCUAUAUUCUCGAAACCGCUCAACCUCAACGAACUGUUUCCACACAAGUCAUCGCGGCGACCGUUGCUUGUUCUGCUCGCAACAGUCCUCAUUCUUCGGUCUAGACUGUUUAAACCCUUCACGAAUAAGUCAAGCUCGAGCACGUCGAAUGCUCUCGGUCUACCAACACACAGUCAAAGCGAGUUUGGAGUCGACGCUGUUCAUUUUCCGCUCGUGAAUGCGAGUCCAGGACUUGGUCUUCCAUUUGUACACCAGCUCCGUUCGCUCCUGCGCAUAGUCCUCCCUUCGCUUUACACUCGUGAAGCGCUCCUGCUCACUGCUCACUCUACUUUCCUCGUUCUUCGUACAGUGCUGAGUAUAGCAGUCGCACGCCUAGACGGUCGCAUAGUAAGGGACUUGGUCAGUGCAGAUGGCAAGGGGUUCUUGACUGGCCUCGCUCUAUGGUUUGCACUCGCUGUACCAAGCAUAUACACAAAUUCAAUGAUCCGUCACCUUCAAUCUACACUUUCCCUCAGGUUCCGAACCCGCUUGACUCGAUACAUCCACGACUUCUACCUCUCCUCCGCUCCCCAUCUCCGCUACUACCGUGUUCCCCUCCAUGGAAUCGACCAGUACAUCACAGCAGAUGUCGACGCUUGGGCAGAGAGUGUCGCUGGUAUCUACGGUAAUCUCAUGAAGCCCUCCCUCGACCUCCUUCUCUUCACCUCCCAACUCGCAAGGUCUCUUGGCUUCAGAGGCACUGUACUUCUUUUCAUAAACUAUUACAUUACUGCCAAGAUCCUCCGCGCUGUGACACCUGCUUUUGGCCGUCUUGCAGCUGUAGAAGCCCGUCUGGAAGGCGAAUAUAGAGCCGGUGUUGGACGCGUUGGGAGAGAGAGCGAAGAAAUCGCGUUCUACGACGGAGGCGCACGCGAACGAGAUAUCCUCACUAGAGCAUAUUUGCGAUUGAUUAAACAUGUGAAUUCGAUAUACAAGAUCCGCAUCGCAUACGAAUGGACAGAAGAUUUCGUCAUUAAAUACCUCUGGUCUGCAGCUGGGUACGGGUUGAUAGCUGUACCGCUGCUUAUCACGAGGAAGCGCUCUCGUGGUGCGGAUGCUGUGGAUGGAGAGGGUAAGGGUAAGGAAAAGCGGGCACGAAAGCAGAAGAGCGAUACGGAUGGUAUCGUUGCUGCCAGGACGGAAACCUACAUCUCCAACCGCCGCCUCCUCCUCUCCCUCGCAGAUGCAGGUGGGAGACUGAUGUAUGCAUAUAAAGAUCUGCAGGAGGUUGCUGGGUUGACUGGGCGACUAUACACCCUCCUUUCGACUCUACACAAUCUCCCCCCACUCCCCCCUGCACUCCCAGGGGACGGGGAUACAUUCGCGCUGAAGAACGUGGACAUAUGCGUUCCGGGGGAUCCAUUUACCUCUCCCGACUCACCCUCACCCACACCUUCCCGUCCCCCCGCUACCACUUCCAAACUCAAAGCUCACGCCGAACCAAUCCCACCCUCAGAAACCCUCUCAGGGCCAGACACCACCACCCUCGUCCGCGCACUCACGCUCACGCUCCGACCAGGUAUGCACCUCAUGAUCACGGGAUCCAACGGGGUUGGGAAGACGGCCAUUGCGCGUGUUUUGGCGGGGCUUUGGGCGCCUGGGAGUCGUUCGAUGCUCAGGGGCUCGACGCACACUGGUGGCGCGCUUACGCGUCCCACAGACGACGUAGACGGCCGCCCAGGUGUGUUCGUCAUCCCCCAACGUCCCUACCACCCCACAGGGUCCCUCCUAUCCCAAGUCAUAUACCCACACUCCGUAUCCGAGUUCACCGCGUCCUUCGCAGCGUUGUCAGAGCUCGAAAGCUUACUGGAUGCUGCUCAUCUUGGGUAUUUGGUGGAUAGGGAGGGUGGGUGGGAUGCGGUCAAAGAGUGGAGGGAUGUGUUGAGUGGGGGGGAGAAACAGAGGCUCGCGAUGGCUCGCCUUUUCUACCAUCGUCCCAAGUUCGCGAUUCUAGAUGAAUGCACAUCUGCCGUGAGCUCCGACGUUGAAGGCCAGAUGUACGAGUACGCAAAAUCAUUAGGGAUAACAUUGGUCACUAUCUCCUUGCGUCCGUCUCUGACAAAGUAUCACACGCAUAUAUUGACUCUUACGGGCGAUGGGACGGGGAGUUGGACAUUUAGCCGGAUUGCUACGUCUCGGGCUCAUGAAGGGUUGACGGAGGGGCGUGAUGAGAGCGGACUGGCGACACCGCCGAGCGAAAGCGAAUCAACCGCGGGGGAUGGCGAACGUGAACUAGUAGCAGCACCCACAGAAGACACAGGAGCCAAAUACCUCGCGCGCGUCCUCGAAGAGAUACGUGUGCUAGAAGCACGACUUGAGGAGUCGCAUGUGUGGGAGAAGAGGGUGAGGGAGCUUGGGGAGGAGUUAAAGGCGAAGUGA